UGGUAAGCAUGAGCGCUUCCGGGUCAUCCUGAGAUUGAGCGAGUUGCUGAGCCUCGAGUCCGCUGUAUUCUCGCUCUUCUCCUUUCUCUGUAAAUGGCGCAAUGAUGUAGAUAAGGAGAACAUUUGAGACUGUCCAUGACACGCGCUACCGGCCUCCGUCCCCGCGGGAUUCAGCGUGAAGACUGAGGCCUGAACGUCUGAAAGAAGAGGAGGAUGUGGCAGAGUGUUGGUUUGACCGUGUUGGUGAUUGUGGCCACGCUGAUAUGUGUCCUCCUCUUCAUGCUCUUCGGGUGGUACGUGGUGUGGCAGCUCUUCCUGUCUAAGUUUAAGUUCCUGCGGGAGUUGGUGGGAGACACCGGUUCUCCGCAGACUGAAACCGAGCCGUCUGAGUCUGAGAGUGAACGCAGCUCGCCCCCGACGCCACGCCACCGACCCAAAAGCGCUCGCCAAAGGAUCGUCCCUCCUGACAGCACUACAUAGAGCCCUGAGCCAGAUCUCCUCAGCCUGAGGUCAUUUGUGUCCCGGACCUGCAUCAGUCACUGUGCUCCCCUUCACAUCCACUCAUCAUGGUUACAGUCGGUCUGAAGGGACGGUUUUUGUAUGAACCUGCUGAGCCACAGGUUCAUGUCCCGACUAACACGCUGCUACCCUCCACUCCGGACGUAUAGCAUAUUUACAUGAGAGCGUAUUGAUAUGUAUUUGUUACUGUUUAACCGAUCUGUUAAUGACUCAAGCUCACAAAAAAAACAGGCUGAUGACCAAACGUCCAGUGUUUCUGUGAGCUAGCAGCACUACUGUUCACAAUGUUUGGAAGCUGUUUCCACCACAGAAAGGUAAUUACGACUUUUUUUUUCACAAUUCUGAUGGAAAAACAGAACUGAGAGAUAUAAACAUCUCACACAAUUCUGACUUUUUUCUCUCUGGAUACUGAGUUUACAUAAAAAUGCGUCUCUUUAUCUCACAAUUCUGACAUUUUUCCUUGUAAUUGUGAGUUUAUAUCUAACAAUUCUGAAUUUAUAUUUAACAAUUCACACUUUUUUUCCCUCAUAAUUCUGACUUUUUUUCUCAUAAUUCUGACUUUUUUCUUACAAUUAAUUUUUAUUUCAUAAUUGUGAGUAUAUAUCGCAGUAUUGUAUUACCCUUUUCUUUUUUUUAUUCCAUGGCAGAAACAAAAAGGCAAAAUUGUAAAUUUACUGUUGCGUGAAAACAUUUUUUUUCCAGAUUUUUUUUUUUUAGAACAGUUUAUUUUUUGAGAAAAAAAAAAUUGUGAAGAAGUUAAAGUCGCAAUUACCUUUGAAUUAAUUUUUUUUUUGUGACCGAAACAGGCUUCCAUACAAAUUUGUCCAACAAGUGCAAUGAAAGCUUCUUUAUUUGUCACAAAGUAAACAAACAUGUAGACAGGACAGCACACCCUAACAAUGUUAAGAAUAGGCACAUUAGGAUGAUGUUUUUGUAAAAAUUCCUUCGCUUCCAACACAGCAUAGUGCUUUAUGAUGGCUGCCAUCAGUCCCCUCCGCUGCACAUCCUUGUGCCUCUGGCUUGGGUUGAAGUUGUCCUGUUUGAGUGGAUGGAUCUCAGAUACUCCUGCUGUUCCCAGCUUUAGAGAAGCAUUAGAGCUAGAAAUGCUGCGCUGACCUCAAGUGUCAAACUGUCCACAGGUCAGAUUCUGAAGAAACGCUGUUAUCGUUGUUAAACGCUGUAGAUGGUCACAUGUACUAUUUCUUUCUUUUUUUGGUCCCUUUUAUGACAGUAGAUGUUUCCCUUCAUAAUAAAUAUAUUUCAUAAAAUGUUGUUUAUGUGAA